CCUCGAGUUGUCUUGUCGCCUGACUUGAUUGAAAUUUUACCGGGCAAAAAAUCCAUUUUUAUUUCUUUUGAACACUAAAUAUAGCCAACCAAGAUGUCUAUAAGAACGCCUGAAUCCCGCUUGCAAUAUUACAAGAAUAAGAACAAGGAUGUUUCGUCUUUGAGACAAAGAAGAAAUGAAGUUACAGUUGAACUCAGAAAGGCAAAACGAGAGGAUAGAAUGCAGAAAAGAAGAAAUGUACCAUUGGAUAUGACAGAUGAAAAAGAUGACAAAUUUCAACGUAAAGAUCUCAGUACAAUAGUUUUGGAAGCAGCAAGUGAAGAUCCUGUUACACAGUUAAAUGCUGUACAGGCUGCUCGAAAAUUGUUAUCAAAAGAUAAAAAUCCACCUAUCGAUGACCUUAUCAAGUCAGGAAUACUUCCUAUUCUGGUCCAGUGUCUACAGAGAGCCGAGAAUGCAUCAUUACAGUUUGAAGCUGCCUGGGCCUUGACUAAUAUUGCUUCUGGAACAUCAGAUCAAACACAGGCAGUAGUGAGAGCAGGUGCUGUACCAUAUUUCAUGGAGUUAUUGAAUUCCCCGCGUCAGCAUGURUGUGAGCAAGCAGUAUGGGCAUUGGGAAAUAUUAUUGGUGAUGGUCCAGUCCUUAGAGACUAUGUUAUAGGACAUAAUGUUGUCAAACCAUUGCUGAAAUUUGUCAAUCCUAGUGUACCUAUUACUUUCCUAAGAAAUGUCACAUGGGUGAUAGUAAACCUUUGCAGAAACAAAGAGCCACCACCACCUAUUGACACAAUUAGAGAGGUUUUACCCGCCCUUGCUCUUUUAAUUCAUCACCAAGAUCUUGAUAUUCUAGUAGAUACAGUUUGGGCAUUAUCUUAUCUUACUGAUGGUGGAAGUCACCAAAUACAGCUUGUAAUAGAUUCUGGGGUCGUCCAGUUCCUUGUUCCUUUAUUAAGUCACCAGGAAAUCAAAUUACAGACUGCAGCUUUACGAGCUGUUGGUAAUAUUGUGACUGGUACAGAUGAGCAAACACAGGUUGUUCUCAAUCAUGGUGCAUUGUGUCAUUUUACAGGCCUYCUUAAUCAUCCUAAAGAGAAAAUAAAAAAGGAAGCUGUGUGGUUUUUGUCAAAUAUUACAGCAGGAAAUCAGUCUCAAGUACAGGAAGUUAUAGAUGCUGGUCUUAUUCCAUUGAUUAUUCAAACUCUUGAAACUGGUGAAUUCCAGACACAGAAAGAAGCUGCAUGGGCAAUAAGUAACCUCACAGUUAGUGGAAGACAAGAUCAGGUCGCUGUCCUGGUCUAUUGUAAUGCUUUAGAACCUUUAUGUAAGCUACUUGAUGUCAAGGAUCCACAGGUUGUGCAAAUAGUUCUUGACGGGCUCAAUAACAUUCUAAAGAUGGCAGGAGAUAAAGCUGAUACAAUAGCAACAAUGAUAGAAGAAGCUGGAGGUCUCGACAAGAUUGAACAUCUACAGCACCAUCACAAUGAAGAUAUUUAUAAACUGGCAUUCGAGAUGAUUGAUCGUUACUUCUCGAAUGAGGGGGAAGCAGUCGAUGAAGAAAUUGCACCACAACAGGUAGAUGGUCAAUUCCAGUUUGGCACUAAAGACAAUAUCCCCCCUGACGGYUUCAAGUUCAGCUAGUAGAGUAGUGCAGUGAGGAGCGUUGUGAGACGUGAGUGAAUACUAAUGAGAGCGUAACGCGCGUGACAAAUCAACAACGAGCGUGUGUGACAAACAAAACAGUGCGCGCGAGAGCCGAGUGCGUGCGUGAGUAACCUCGAGAAGCGAGCGUGCGAGUGAGUACCGAGCGAGCGUGCGAACCGUCACUCAACUACCCCCCUAAUCGACGAGUUGACAUUGUAUGACCAGUUGGCAUUCCGACACGAGUGAUGUCAGUUGGCUUAGAAACAACCAAGUGGUCUUCCUGGACAAUUUGUUAUACUUUACCUGGAAAAUUCCACCUGGUUGAAAUUCUGGACACUACCAUGAUAUGGUAACCAAAAAUGGAUGAAUAAUGAACAGACAAUUUAUGGAUGUUAAUGGAGAAGUUUUAGCGCCAAUUCUUGUUACCAAGUUUCUUUGUGAAUAGCCAUAUAGUUUUUAGAAUUUUUAUCUCAAAUUUACUUUGAUGAAUUUCCGUUAAAAAAUAGCGAUGUUUUUUUGCUAGGGCAGAGAUCUUCAAGUAAAAUAACCAUGAAACAUUUAAAAAAAUAGAUUUUAACGAAGCUAUCGCUAUUCAGGUGUCUUUUCAUGGAUAUAUUAUUUGCACCAAAAGAAAUUCAUAUUUUAAAUGGUUAAUUUCAGAUAUACAAAUAUAUUAUUUUAACCGUAGUAAAAUCGAAUCUGUGGUAUAAACACGAUGUACAGUACAGCACUUUUGAAAUGUAUUCAGAUCGAGGCUAAGUUGAGUGCUGGCUUGAUAUAUUUGAAUUUUACCCUCAAAGCCUCGUUUUCGUGUCAUUUGAAUACAAGUUAAAAAUAGCUGUAGAAUGAAUAACAGCCUAUUAUGAAAAUGCUGUUUUGAAAUCCCGUACUAUAUAAAUAGUUGUAAGUAGAACUCAAUUCUAAGUAUUUUUAAUUCGGGAUGCUGCUUCGUAAUCAUCUUUAUUAUAGCAAUUUGUGUUUUUUUAAACAUAGGGUAUAAUAGGUCAAAAUAAUUAUUGAUAGAUUGAUAGUAUUCCCUGGUGCAUCCCUUAGUUGUACAUGUGCUUAUUUUUGUGCAUAACCUAUUAAACCUUGGAACCAUUUCCAGUAGACUUACAA